AUGGCGACCAUCGCCGAUGAGCUUUUGAACGACUUCGAGUCCGAUGGCGAAGAAGAGAACCAGGAGUCAUACGAAGGCGACAUUGCCGCGGACUCCAUCUUGCGCCCGAUAGACCACGGUGAUGCAAAUGGCGCCAUGGAACUGGACGGUGACGAAGAAGAGGAGGACGAUGGCGAAGAUGGAGACUCAGCGCCCAGGCCCAAUGCUAGAGAGACCGAGACCGAGGAAGAAGCAAAGGCCAGAGUCGAGAAGAUGAAUCUGGCUGCUGUAGGAGAUGUACGCAGUGUCGCCAUUCUGAUGAAGAAGCUACAACCAAUCCUCGAGAACAUUGGCAACAUCGAAGACAACCCCGAGUACAAACUCAUGACCGAGGCCAACACCUACUCCACUUCCAUCGAUGGCGAGAUCAUAUUGGUCCACAAGUUCAUUCGUGAUCACUACUCAACACGCUUCCCCGAGCUCGAACGACUGGUCCAGAACCCCCUCGAUUAUGCAAAGACUGUCGCAAUCAUCGGAAACGGCCCCAUGGACGAUGUCAAGAGCUUGUCAAACUCGACAGAUAACCCUGUUGGUCAAUCACUCCGUCAAGUCCUGGAUGGCCCAACUAUGAUGGUUGUCACCGUCGAAGCCACAACGUCAAGAGGUGUCGCCCUCUCCGAUUCUGAGCUGUUGAGCAUCCGACACGCAUGCGACAUGACCUUACAACUCGACAAGGCCAAACGAGUCAUGACCGACUACGUGCAAUCUCGCAUGAGCGUGUUUGCACCAAACCUCACUGUCCUGAUCGGUUCGCUAACAGCCGCCCAACUCGUCAAUUUUGCUGGUGGUAUCAAAGGCCUGGCUAGCACUCCCUCUUGCAACAUUGCCCCGUGGGGAUCUAAGAAGCAGACUCAGACCGGUUUUGCCACCAAUGUGGGUGUCCGCCACCAGGGCUUCCUCUACAACUCUCCUCUUGUCCGCGAGGUUCCUAGCGAUCUGAAGAAACAGGCCAUGCGUAUUGUAUCCGCGAAACUCGUCAUGGCUGCUCGCGUAGACAGUAUUCACGGUUCCCCGAACGGAGCAGAUGGCGAGAGGUUCAAGGACGAAUGUAUCAACCGCCUGGAUAAACUAGUAGCACCAGCGCCCAAUCGCGGCGCUCGCGCUCUGCCAGCUCCCGAUGACAAGCCAAGUCGUAAGCGUGGUGGACGUAGAGCCAGAAAGGCAAAGGAAGCAACCGCCAUGACCGAUCUCCGUAAGGCUCAGAACCGUAUGGAAUUCGGCAAGGAAGAGGCAGAGGUCGGCUACGGCACUGGUGACGGCACCAAGGGUCUCGGUAUGAUUGGUGCCGCUCAGACUGGAUCCAUCCGCACACAGCAAAUUGAUCAGCGUACACGCGCGAAACUGUCAAAGAAGAACCCGGGUUGGGGAGGUGCUACGCCAGCUCCUUCAGGUCUUGCAUCCACUUUCCACGGUGGCUUUGGCUCUGGAACAGCAUCAGUCUUGCGGAACUCUGGUCUAAGAACUUCGGGUGUGGGCAUGGGAUCUGGCACAUCUAGUAUCGCAUUCACACCUGUCCAAGGACUGGAGCUGGUGGAUCCUAAGGUCAGAGACGAGAUGAACAGGAAGAGAAAGGCAGAUGAGGACCGAUGGUUCAAGGGAGGCACCUUCACACAGAUUGGCGGUACUUCCACAUCGGCACUGGGAGCUGGGGCUUCAAAUGGUGGGUUCAAGGUUCCUGCUUUGCCGCCCAUGAAGAAGAGAGACACCGGCGCUGGAAAGUAG